AUGUUGCGCAAACUUGCGGGUCGAUUGGUUUUCCUGACACCGAAGAAAGGCGACACAUGCACCAACGUAGACACUUCUCGAGCACAAGGUUUGCUAGGAAUGGCCCAUGAUCAUGAUCGGUCAUGUGGGUCUCCUGGCAAGACAUCGAAUGAUCUCAACGAGACCAUCGGUCCAGGGAAAUCACCCAAGGUGAACGCGCGGAAACUCAAUGCGAUCAAACGCCAGGCCCGACGCCUUGAUAAUUGGGGUCUGCUUAUUGGACUUUUCCCACUGUGUGUCUUGCUUCUCUCUUUCCACCCAUUGGUGAUGUCGUCAACACUAUCCUUGCGAUGA